CAGGAUAAAAUCACAGACUUAGGAUAUUGAAGUGAUAAAGGUUUCCUGUUUUGGAGGUUAGAUUUUACGAGACAGCCGCUUUAUUAUGAGGACUUAAAAGUCUUACAACAUGCAACUUUACCUGUAUAGUUUAUGCUGGUGAAGGCCAUAUAUUUAUAUGUGUGUGUGUGUGUAAGGAACACUGGCUGCGACCUAAUUUUGUUUUUUUUCCUUCGUCUGCUUUCUAAGGAGGGUAGCUAACGGUUUGGAUUUCCCCCCACUGGAAAUGUAUCCUGACGUGACUCUGUCCAACCAAAAGAGUCAGUGCGCGUGUGAUACGAUUACAGAUUUCCUUUUUUUCCAACCAGAAUUAACCAGUAUGUAGUGAACAAGAAUGAACACUGUCGAAGACGUAUCUAGUUUCCGACAUACUGCUACCUAACUAGCUGUCUGUGUUGUAUGUAACCGUAGACUGGCACACUAUGGGCAAUUCAUCUUCCGAGGAGUGCCCUGUUGUCACUAACUACUACAAUUGUGUUACCCAUCUUUUUAUUUGUUGUACUUGUUACGCCACUCUAGGGGCUUGAGUUACAAGAGACAUUUCACAAGGAUGCACGUCUUUACAGUAGCUGGUUUAAGGCACGAUUGCCUUAGUUCAUUCUCAUCGUUACCACGUUUGAUAUGAAAUAAAUUAUUGUCCAGGAGUUGGGAUUAUUAUGAAGAGAGGAUGACUUCUGUGGUUGAACAUGUUGAACAGGAUUCUGAAGACAAUAUAAGACAUAAAAAACAGUGUCAAUCAAAUCCAAAUAUAGAUGGUGGCUGGGCAUGGAUGAUUGUACUUUCUUCAUUUAUAAUGCAUUUUUUGGCCAUUGGAACACAAAUGGCAAUUGGGAUACUCUAUGUGGAAUGGCUAGAAGAAUUCAACCAGAGUCGAGGCCUGACUGCUUGGAUUGGAUCCCUUACAAUAGGCAUUACAUUGAUUGUAGGGCCUUUCAUUGGUUUUUUCAUCAAUGUAUGUGGAUGCCGUAAGACAGCGAUGAUAGGGGGCAUCGUAACUGCUGCUGGCUGGAUACUGAGUGCCUAUGCCACCAGUAUAUAUUACCUGUACAUAUCAUUUGGAGUAACAGCUGGCAUUGGCAGUGGAAUGUCGUACUUGCCAACAGUGGUCAUGGUGGGUCAUUAUUUUCAGAAGCGCCGAGCACUUGCCCAAGGACUCAGCACAACUGGAUCUGGUUUUGGGACAUUUCUAAUAACCAUUUUACUGAAGUAUCUCUGUAGGAAAUUUGGAUGGAGAGAUACAAUGUUUAUUGUGGGAGCUAUUUGUUUGAACCUUUGUGUGAGUGGAGCUUUACUGAGACCAAUGCCAGUAAGUAAGAUGAAGAAAAGGUGCAGUGGAACCAUCUGGAAAGAAAAUUGCAAUAAUUCCUCCCAGGCAAUGGAUAUUAAUGAAGGAGAAGAAAAACAAAAAACAGAAAGAGAAAACAGCAAGAGCUGCUCAAGCCUAAAUGAAAACAAACAUUUUCUAGUUACAGAACAAAAACAGGAAAAAGGAAAUCAAGAAACAUAUGCAUUUUCUAAUGAAAAUACUGAGCACUUUCAAAUCACUGAAAAUAAAAGAGAAUACAAAAAGGAAAAACAAUACAAAAGGAACAUUUAUCCUCUCAGCCUAUUUAAAGCAGUAGGUCAACUAACAAAUUCCAUUAAAAGGGGAUUUUGGACGUGGCAAUCAAGUUACUUUGGAAGUGCAUCCCUUUUCAAAAACAAGGCCUAUAUGGCAUUUGUUUUCUGGGCUCUAUUUGCAUAUGCAGCCUUUGUUAUUCUCUUUAUUUAUCUCCCAGAAAUAGUGAAGUUAUAUGGUUUGUCAGAGCAGAACGACACUUUUCCAUUAACCUCGAUCAUAGCAAUAAUUCAUAUCUUUGGAAAAAUUAUACUUGGUUUGCUGGGAGACGUUACAUGUAUCAGUGCUUGGAAUGUAUUUUUGUUAGCAAAUUUGACACUGUGUAUUUGCAUUCUUAUUGUGCCAUUAAUGCACUCUUACAUUGGUCUUGCUUUCAUAUGUGCCCUAGUAGGAUUUUCUGGUGGAUAUUUCUCUAUAAUGCCUGUCGUGACAGAAGAUUUGGUUGGGAUUGAUCACCUUGCUAAUGCAUACGGCAUCAUUAUUUGUGCAAAUGGCAUAUCUGCUCUUUGGGGUCCACCAUUUGCAGGUUGGAUAUAUGACAUUUCUCAUAAAUAUGAUUUUUCUUUCUACAUAUGUGGAAUGUUGUACAUGGUGGGAAUAAUUUCUUUACUUCCCUGCCUUCAGUCAAAGAAGAAGAAAACUUCAGAUGACACUCCCGUGGCUCAAGUUUAAAUAUAUUUUGUACUCAGGCAUUUUUUGAACUUGUAUAGGUCUGUGUGGACAUCAUUCCAAAAUGGACAACAUUGCCAGCCUAAAGUAAAAUUCACUCUGGAAAGCAAGGGGGUUUCCAUGACUAAAAGACUUCAGUGGGUGGUAUUAUUUUUUAUAGCUCUAAAGUAAGCCAGUAUUUUAAUUAACAUUUUGUGUCUAUGACUAGAACAAAAAUGAAUAAAUAAAUGAAACUUUAAAUAUCAAAAUAAAAUGGACAGAAAUCAAAGACGCCUAAGUGAAAUAAAGAUAUAUUUGUAUAGUUACAAAUCUGCAAACAUAAAAUUGUAUAUUGUUCAGUUAAAAAAAUGUUUUUCAGAUAUGUGUAUUGUUUUCUAUAAGUUUAUAGGACAGAUAUGAUACCUAAGCAAGAGUUCAUUUGAAGUUGUCUCUUAAGUAUAUUUGUUAGAAAUCUUUCAGUUUUUUAGCUAAUUAUUUGUUUUCAGCCAAGAAAAAUAUUCUGUUAAAGGAUUGUUUCUAUUGUAACUGUGAAUGCUAUAUUACUUAGUCAUCUGUGCCUUCAUGUAUUACUACAUGCCAGAAUGAUCUCUAACCCAUAUUAAUGAAAUCAUCAUAGAAACAUUUUAUAAUUAAUUGAAAUGUAAUGAGGGAACAAUUUUAAAGUCUUUAAAUGUG